AUGGUUUGUCUGCCCCCCCUCCACCCCCUUCUCAAAGGGGUGUGGCUUUCCCCCUCCUACCCCUUCUACUGCUCCUCACCUGGGGGUGUGGCUGUCUGCCCCCACUCCUACCCCCUUCUACUGCCCUCUCAACCUGGGGUGUGGUUCUCCCCUUUGUCUACUGCCCCCUCAACCUGGGGUGUGGCUGUCUGCACCCCUCCCACCCCCUUCUACUGCCCCUCAACCUGGGGUGUGGCUGUUCUGCACCCUUCCCACCCCUUCUACUGCCCUCUCAACCUGGGGUGUGGCUUUCUGCCCCCUCCUACCCCCUUCUACUGCCCUCUCAACCUGGGGUGUGGCUUUCUGCCCCCUCCAUUCCCCUGUUGGCUGGAACCCCUUCUACUGCCCCUCAACCUGGGGUGUGGCUGUCUGCCCCCCUCCUACCCCUUCUACCUCCUCAACCUGGGGUGUGGCUGUCUGCCCCCUCCUACCCCCUUCUACUGCCCUCUCAACCUGGUGUGGCUGUCUGCCCCCUCCUACCACUACCCUCUCAACCUGGGGUGUGGCUGUCUGCCCCCUCCACCCCCUUCUACUGCCCCCUCAACCUGGGGUGUGGCUGUCUGCCCCCUCCUACCCCCUUCUACUGCCCCCUCAACCUGGGGUGUGGCUGUCUGCCCCCCUCCCCCCCUACCCCUUCUACUGCCCCCCUCUCAACCUGGGGUGUGGCUUUCUGCCCCCUCCUACCCCCUUCUACUGCCUCCUCAACCUGGGGUGUGGCUGUCUGCCCCCUCCUACCCCCUUCUACUGCCCCUCAACCUGGGGUGUGGCUGUCUGCCCCCUCCUACCCCCUUCUACUGCCUCCUCAACCUGGGGUGUGGCUGUCUGCCCCCUCCUACCCCCUUCUACUGCCCCCUCUCAACCUGGGGGGUGUGGCUGUCUGCCCCCCUCCUACCCCCUUCUACUGCCCCUCAACCUGGGGUGUGGCUUUCUGCCCCCCUCCUACCCCCUUCUACUGCCUCCUCAACCUGGGGUGGGCUGUCUGCCCCCUCCUACCCCUUCUACUGCCCCCUCAACCUGGGACCCAGACCCACCCCGUUACACAACCCAGACCCAGACCCACCCCGUUUCACAACCCAGACCCACCCCGUUACAACCCAGACCCAGACCCACCCCGUUUCACAACCAGACCCCGCCUCACAACCCCGUCCCACCCCGCUCACAACCCCGACCCACCCCGCUCCACCCACCCACGACCCAGACCCCCCGCUCCACCCCGACCCACCCCGUUCCACCUCCACCACCCCUGACCCACCCCAUCCACCACCCCACUCCCACCACCCCACUCCACCACCCCUGACCCAGACCCACCGUUUCCACCCCAACCACAGACCCACCCCUCCACCACCCCACUCCACCACCCUGACCCACCACCCUGUCCACCACCCCCGCUCCACCACACCCACCCCGCUCCAGACCCACCCCGUUACACAACCCAGACCCCGAGACCCCACCCACCACCCCACUUUCACACACCCAGACCCCACCCCACCCCCCGUUACACAACCCAGACCCAGACCCACCCCGUUCACUCCACCACCCCGACCCCCGCUCCAGACCCACCCCCACCACCCGACCCACCCCGCUCCCACCACCCCCGACCCACCCCGUCCACAACCCCCUGUCCCCGACCCACCGCUCCACCACCCUUCCCCACCCACUCCACCCACCCUCCACCACCCCGUCCCUCCACCCCGACCCACCCCACUCCACCUCCACACUCCACCAACCCAGACCCACCCCUCCACCACCCCACUCCACCACCUACUCCCACCACCCCGCCCACCCCGCUCCACCACCCCCUCCACCACCCCCCACCCCACUCCACAGCCCCCUGACCCCCCACCCCGCUCCACCACCCCCACCCCGCUCCACAAACACCCACCCCACCACCCCCGACCCACUUUUUCUAGAAUAGCAAAGUGA